AUGCUCGAUGGUCCUUUACAAUGGUAUUUUCUCUUUGGAAUUAUUCAAAAUGGAGUGAAAAUGCCCGUUGAUUUAAGAUUUCGACCACCACUUUAUCAAAGAUUAUUCUAUCAUACGAUUGAAAUCGAACAUCAUGUUCCAGAAAUAGAACGAAUCAUUGAACGACAAGAAACGGAAAGUGUCGAAAAGAUCGUUGCCAUUAACAAAUCUAAAAUUCACAUCAUCAAUUUGAACGUAAAAAUGGAACCACAAAAUACAACUAAAAUGGGUCGAUUAUUGAAACGACCUUAUUUUGAUCGUCUAGAAGAACAAGAACUAUCUGGUGAUUUUCGAACUCGAGAUCAUCCAUUCGGUUAUUCAUGGAUGUUAUUUCCGUCACCGGAAAGUUUGAUGACACCAAAUAUUAUGUUUUACGAAGGACAGAAAUGGUCCGUUAAAAUGAUCAGUAAUCUUUUUGAAAUUCAUUAUGAGCUGAUCAAAAUUGAUCAUGAACAACACAUAGCAUAUAUCGAUGGUCGGAAUGGUAUCUGUUUGAAUAGAGCAGCUGGAAAUAAAAAAUGGAAUGCUUCUUGGAUAGUAGAUACUCGUUCGGGAAUAAUCAAACGAAUGCAACUCGAACUUGACCAUGAAUACGAAUCACCUAAACGAACUAUACAUAAGGCAAUCAACAAAGUACUCAUCAGAGAAGUCGAUGAACAGACGAUAUUAGAUUAUGAAAUCGAAGAUAAUAAUGGCGAAGAUCUAUAA